AGGAGGGAGUCGGACGGCGGCGGCGGUGGCGGUGGCGGCGGCGGCUCCUCUUCCAUGAGCACGCGGCGGACCCUCCUGCGCCCCCUCUCGCUCUGCCUCGGCUUCUGCCUGACCGCGGCCUGGGCCGCCGCGGGGCCCGACUUUUCCAUGAAUAACCUAGUUUCCUGUGUGAAGAUCAAAUAUGUACAAGAUAGGAAGUUCUCCCAUCAACUGAAAUGACAUGCUCUUGCCCCUGUUCUUUGCCUCUCGUUCUGUUGCUGAAGAUAUCCCAGUGAUGUCUGCAUUCAACCUCCUGCAUUUGGUGACAAAGAGCCAGCCAGUAGCCCUGCGAGCCUGUGGACUCCCCUCAGGGUCAUGUAGGGAUAAAAAGAACUGUAAGGUGGUCUUUUCCCAGCAGGAACUGAGGAAGCGGCUGACACCCCUGCAAUACCAUGUCACUCAGGAGAAAGGGACCGAAAGUGCCUUUGAAGGAGAAUACACACAUCACAAGGAUCCUGGAAUAUAUAAAUGUGUUGUUUGUGGAACUCCAUUGUUCAAGUCAGAAACUAAAUUUGACUCUGGUUCAGGUUGGCCUUCCUUCCACGAUGUGAUCAGUUCAGAGGCAAUCACAUUCACAGAUGAUUUUUCCUAUGGGAUGCACAGGGUGGAAACAAGCUGCUCUCAGUGUGGUGCUCACCUUGGGCACAUUUUUGAUGAUGGACCUCGUCCUACUGGCAAAAGAUACUGUAUCAACUCAGCAUCCUUGUCUUUCACACCGGCAGACAGCAGUGGGGCAGAAGGAGGAAGCGGGACCAGCAUCCUGACCCCAGCAGACAGAGCGGAGCUGUAGAAUCGUGGGGAAACAUGGAAACAAAGUGUACUUAAUGCACAGCUGAGUGAAAAAUCAAAAUUGUUUAUCUUAAUAGAUCUAUUUUUUCAGAAACUAUAAAGGGCAGUUUUGUGUUACUGAUAUUUUUUCUUCUUUUGCUUAAACAGAGGUUCUGCUCAUCUGUGUAUUUUGCUAUUGACUAGAUCAGGAACUGUUUGCCAGUUUUGCAAAUGGAGACAGCUUUGUGAACUUUCUUCACAAGCCACUUAAGUAGCCUUUGAUAUUAUUUUCUUUCAGCACAUACCUUCUUUUGAGUUUUGUUUCUCUUUUGAUUCAGAGAUAGAGGUUACUUGGUUUUCAAAGGUGACAACAGAGCGCUGGUGUGCAGGGGAGGGAGAGGAGCUGGGAAGGACAGGGCAUCCAGACAUGUAAGAUAAUGAUGGAGUGAUGCCUUAGCAGAUUUCUUGGUUAUGUGGAAAGUUUGAGCUAAGGUUGUUUUUUCUCACUGAAAGGGUAUGAAUAUCUAAAGUCUUUCCUUAUGUUAAAUUGUUGCCAGAUCUGAGAGGGUUCACUGUGUGUUGUGGCAGAGAAGUAAACAUCACCUCACGGUCAAGCCUUUAUUUUAUUUUCCACUGAAAAUAAUGGAACAUUAGACAACUGUAAAUGUUGAGCUCAAUUUUGUCCAAAGUUCACAAAGAAGAACACUUGCCCCUUGCCUUGUUACAGUCUUUCUCUCCAUCCUUAAUGGCUGCCACAUCUGGAGGGACAUUUUGGUAGAUUCCUUGAUAUAAAAUUAAAUACUGGGGACAACACACUUCAUCAAACAGCAGAAAUAUGAGAGAACAGAGAAGACCACACAUGGAGUCCUGCAUACUCUUAACAGUCCAGCACUGUGCAGGAAGGCUGACGGGGCAUUACAAGAACCAUACAGAAACCAAAGUGGGAACCUUCUACACAGAGCUUCAGGAGACCUGUGGAAAGAUGCCAGGCCCAAGUUCCACACUUGACUGUGUGUAUGAGGGACAAGCCAUUUCACCUCUUUGUGCCUAUCUUCAUGAACACAAUAGGACUCAUUUAUUUGUAAAAUAUAUCGACACUCUCAGGGCAAAAUUAUUGUACAAUUAAGAUCAGUAUUGUAAAAUUACACUGAUCUGGUUCUAAUUGCCUCAAAGGCCGAAGCCAGGCAUUUGAAAUGGAAAGAGGCAGAGACUGACUGUGUUGAUGGUAUGGAAACAGUUGGGCCAAGAGCCAGUAAUUUUUCUUUGUAGCGACAUGGCUGGUUUUACUUUGAGAAGCUCUGUGCAGUUGCUUUCUCCAUUUACUCUGGUGGAAUGGGUGUCACAGAAUGGCAGUGGUGACAGAAGUUGAUAGCACUGUACCCAGGUGUGAGGGUGUGCUAUGUGGCUAAUAAACACUGGGUUUAUAAUUUGAAUGCUAAUCCUGAAAUGCAACUUUAAAGGGUAUUUAUUUUUCUAAAUUUUUGAUGACUUUGAAGACUGGCAUCUAAGGCAAAAAUAAGAAUGGACACCUGACAGUUGUAGAGACACAACAACAACAGACAAUGAGAAGGCUGUGGCAAGUAAGUGUGAGAGUCACCAUGUCUGGAAGCUUGUGUUUCCUCAGGCACCUCCUGGAGGGCCUGGCUUCCUGGUGAGUCUUCACUGUCAUGCAGUUCCAGAGGAGUCCUGCUAUGAUCUGGAUGCACAGAGAAGUUCCCUGAGCAUCAGGAUGCUCCCUCAGCCCCAUAAGCUUCAUCCCAGGCCCAGGGCCACUCUGGAGUUCACAGACUUCACUCUUCUCUAGCAAUAAGGUGUAAAAUUUUAGACAAGGCAGGCAUCCAGACUGUUCGAAAAGCCUUUCCCAACAUCAUGAAGGAUCCUCUGUGGGGUGACUACAGAAAGACACAGGUCUCACAUGGCGUUGUCACCGCCUGCCAUCCGUCCUUCAGACCUGCACCGCACUUCCCACCCAGACCCCUGUGUGGUGGCUCCCCAGAGUCCCUUAGAUAAGAGCUACAGAUUUGGGAUAGACAGAGAAGACAAAUGAGGGGCUUCUCUCUGUCUCCAAAGACUCUGGGAUGUUAUCCUUUCUUCAUUUUUAUAGCAGGAUUUA